AUGAGCGCAGACGACGGCGGAGAAACGCUCUCUAUUCCGGCCGCCAACGGCGAACUCCAACCUCCUACCCCCGAUCCGCCUGUUUUGUCAACACCUGGCAAGCGAAAGCGUGGGUCCAGUCACGAUGUCCAAGCUGCUCAAGAUGCGUCUACCUCUGAGUCACAGUCGCAAGAAAGAAUAAAGCUCCACGAGACAUUGCGUAAUAUUGUGGAGAUCCUUAGCAAGAAUGAUACGGAACUCCAGCUACUCUCCUGUCCAUUAUCGUCAUCCCCCGCGAAGCCGCGGUCAAAACGCGCAAAGGUAUCUGGGGAAAAGGAUGAAAGUGCAAGUAUACAAGCACGCGUCGCUACGGAUCGCUACAAUACUGUCUCUGAGUUCCUGAGCGACAUCGAUCGAGCUUCUGCAGCCGUCAUUGAGAAGAGUAAAUCCCAGAACAGUGGGGUCGAGGCGGCCGACGGUACACGUUUGACAGAGACGGUCAAUCGUAUAGCAGCAUUCAAAAAGCUUCUGAACAGUCUUGUGCGCCAGGCAUCUGUUGGCCAGCCUAGUGUCAAGAGAGAGAGUACGGAAGACGAUGCAGAAGCACCAGAAAGACUGACACCAUCCACCACAGAACCACGAAGUGACAAUGUGGUUCUGACCAUCCUCGGUAAUCCAUCCAACCCAAAACAGCUGUUCUCGAGCUUGCAGAAGUCAGUUAAGGUCUCUUUGCCCUCCGGUGAGGCAGCUGCCGAGAAAUACGUGGAAGUUCAAGCACCUUUGCGCGAGAUCGGGCUACCUAGCGGCGUCACUACCACCAAAGUCGCACCUUACAAUCUUGAGAACAAACCGAAGGAGGCCAAGCGCACUUUUGGUGAGGUUUUUGCUCCUCGUCCAACUCUGCCGCAACUAGAACCGCCUCGCAGAGCUAGAUCGUCUUCUCGCGCUGCUCCUGGAGGCUGGAUUGACCCGUUCGAAGCAAUCACCAACUACAAGACUUUCCCCGGGGAACGUAAUAACUAUUGCCUUGCACCUCUGCCGUCCGGCCAGUGGCUUCAGUAUGGCGGGGUUACUUCUUCGCCAUCUUACUGGGAUCGGAGGCAGAAGCAGCACUCUGUUCAGCAGCAUGGAGACGAGAGGUAUCAUGAGGACCCGGCACUGUGGACGGAUGAUGACGCGUCCGUGUUACAGGGCGUGUACUCUUCUUUCGCUCCUUCGUUUGACAGCUCUGGAGCCAUUGUCCAGGCCGAUUCGAAGGAUAUGCUCUGGUGGGGGAAAAAGGGGACCAAACGCUUGUAUACUCUUCUUACCAUGGCAUACUCUGCAGAGGCUGAAGAAACACCAAAGGCGGUAGCAGAUCAACCAGCCAACAUUGGCGAACUGGAUGAAAGCACUUUGGAGGAAAUGGUCAAUGCAUUCAACCCUGAUGAUUUCGCCGAUCACGUUUCCCACACCGGUGCUCCUCAAAAGGAAAUGGAAGACAUUGAGUCUAAGGACAUGGAAGGUCUCCUUGGCGAUGUCUCUGAGUUGCUGGAAACACUCAGCUCGUAUCAGAAGAUUCGCAACCUCGAAUUACCACUUCCUGCUGGUCAGGGUGCUGAACCUAAAGAUAAAGCGUCAGAUCAGGGCACCCCGUCCCAAGCGUCAGCAGCGGAGCAGACUAUCUACGAGACUCUCAAAGCUAGUCUUUCUGCACUUGUUUCUAACUUGCCGCCGUAUGCCGUUGCUAAAUUGGAUGGCGAUCAACUAGCCGAAUUGAGUAUCAGUGCAAAGGUCCUAGUUGACAAUCCAGAUUACCAUGGCACUAUGGAGAAGGACGAUUUUACCCUCCAACAGGAACGGGCAGCUGCAAUUGCCCCCAUGUCUGCGGCCCCUAACAGAACCUCUACACCAAACGCCCGCUCAGCAAACUAUCAAGCUGGGUAUAAUCAACGUGCCUACGCUGCUAAUACCCGCGUACAGGCGCCGCCUGUUAAUUUCCAAGCGCCCCAGCCAUACUACGGCGCGAGACAGCCAUCUACGCCCGGACCAUACACUCCAGGCCAUCCACAACAUUACGCGGGUGCUCGUCCGCCAGCCACACCCUCACAGCGACCAGGCUUUGUCCCCGGUUACGCACAACCCACACCACAGUACAAUCAGGUCAAUAUGCAACAGUUCCAGCGUCCAGGGCAGAACGGUUACAACCCCUAUGUCGCACCACAAGCCCCGACGCCUGCCCAGGCCUCUCCGCAGCCCUAUACUCCCCGCCCUCCGCAGCCUGGGACAUACAACGCGCAAUAUGCUGCAGGACGCAGUGGCUCGCCGCAGAAGCAACCAACCUAUGCCACACCUCGGUCACGGACGCCGUAUAUGGCACCGGGCCCGGCUCCGGCAACCCCUCAGCAGCGGUAUGUCCCGCAACAGCAGCAACCAGCACCACCCCAUUACAACUUCCCUUCUAACCAAGCCCCCCCUGCGCCCAACACGUACUCCAAUUCUGCCGCUGCAAUGACUUAUGCUCGAAGCGCUGCCGAACAGGCUGCAUUGAUGGACCGCAACAAAGCUCAAUUAGCAGCGCAACAGACCCGGCAAAGCGCAACCCCUCAGCCGGCUACUGAUGCCAGCUCGCAAGACCGCAGCGUCACCCCAGCGAUCAAACAGAACGGUACCCCUGUGCCUUCAUGA